GCACAUGUCAUGAUCACGUGUGCCGCGUCUGGGCUGCCGUUGAUUCAUCCUCUCUCCCGGCACCACAUACCAACAACGCUGUUGCUUCCUGUUGCACUGGGUGUUGUUGCAUGCUGUCCUUCUGGGAUUUGAUUUAGCUAUUCUCACUUUAUUUUAUUUUAUUUUUUUGUUUUUUAAACAUUUGAAUUUGUAUUGCUCUAGACUUUUUAGAGUUUGGGGAUAUGAACUUAGCAGGUCCUGCCCUGCUGUUGAAUUUUUAUUUGUUUUAUUUUAUUUUUUUCAAUUGUGAAAGCGUGUUAAGUGUAUUGCCUGCUUUGCUUGUUGUGCCUGGCUGCCAUGGGUGGAUCUGAUUCAGGGCAGGGGGUCAGGGCUGCAAACAACGAAUAAUUGACUUCCAUUAGAGCUGGCCGGUGUAGCACCUCCGAGGUCUUUAGUGCACCCAGCUUGAGUUGAACCAUGGAUAAUUUAGAGCUAAUUUUCAGUGACAUUACUCAGGAACUGUGACCACUGAACGAAAAGCAUUACCGCGAUGUGUCCUCCCCAUUGUGUACUUGCCUGUUAAUUAGGCCCAGACAGUGGUUUUAGACCGCUUUAUUGAAACUCAUCAAAUUUAAAUCAUUAAUGACUUAGGAUUUAAUGACUGUCAACCAAGUGGUCAAAACCAGGCUGCGUUUUUGAAGCUGACUUCCUGGUCUUGUUGAGAAACGUUGCUCACUAGCGCCAGUGCGGUUGGCUCCAGUGUUGGUGUUCAGCCACUCGUUUCACUGUAGGUCAAUGUUAACAAUACGGUCAAAAUACAAAGUCUGUCAUUUUUUCCCACCAGAAAAUGUAGUCCCAGUAGGGUUUUUUCUUUUAAUGUUUUCCUAUGCGCCCCCCCGUACGAUGUGUCGCCCCAGUCCGAUUGUAAUAAUUUGUAGACGAAUCGGGGGCACUGCCGAGUCACUGUAUCUCCCGCGCUUAGCGAACGAUCAGACUUCAUGCGCAUAUAAGGGUCCCCCUUGUCUCUACUGCGCAAUCUCUGGCUCCAAUUUGUACAAAAUGGCGGUGCCCACAAACAGCACUUCCCAGGCUUCAAAACGCUUUUCACCAAGCCUGUGGAGAGUCAAUGGGUGACAUCACAGUUCCUUGGUGCCUAUUUUUUCUACAGUCUGUGCUGCCAACCGGGCCAUAUUUUGUUGGUGUACCUCCUGGUUUAGGUUUCUGAGUCUUAAUAGCUGUAUGCUGUGAUGCAAACACUUAUUCUGCUUUUUUUCUUAAAUGGAUUGUACGCUUUCUGGGGUCUUUUAUAUUAUUUUAUUUUUUAUUGGUUUGUUUUUGAUUGGCCCUGACAGUGGGGAUUUUAGAUACAGAAGUUCCUGACAGCCUGUGGCUGGUACAUGGGCAUUCACACUGUGCCAUAGAAAAUGGAUUUUAAUAUAAAAAUAAUAUGUAAAACUGAAUAACUUCAAAAAAAUGCAUCAUAGCAUCACUAUAAUAUGAGCACUGUCAUAGAGUGUAAUGUGUAUAUAAAGCGCAUGUCAUUCUGUUUUACCUACAUCAAAGUGUGUGCUCUGCGCUCUGUCACAUGAGAACCAAAGUCAAGCCCUUACUGAUUUGUGAGCACAACUAUCACCAGUUUUGUGAGCAUAACUAUCACCAGUUAAGGCCUAGCGUGGGUGUCCAGGCUAAAUCUCCAGGAGAAUGGAGUGAAUACUGCUUGCAGUGCUAAAGUGUAUCUUGGUACUUUGUCUAAUGUAGUGCCUUUGUCUAACUGCAUGCCCCUGAUUGUUUAUGCUUGUGGCUCAUUGAGCUUGUGUUUGGCCCUGCUGUGUCUUCAUUUCCUCUCCGUGUCACUGCACAGCUUGUUCUGUUCAGCUGCCGUGUCCAUACUCUAGGGGAAAAGCCCAGCUAAAGGAGUCUGAGGUGUCUGCUUCUUUGCAUUCACUUGAGCCAUCCUACAUAGAAACACAAACCCAGAACAUUUGUCUACUUGUCAGAUAAUGGUGUUCAUCCGGGAAAGCAGUUUUCGGAAGAUUGAUCGUUAUUUCUGAGUAGUUGCUGGUGGCGCAGGUUAAUUUCAUUUUGGGCGGAUUUCAAGCUGUGAUGUGGAAAUAUGACGUUAAUUUCUAGUUUGACCUUGCUUUAUUGUGUUAUCUUCUGCUUAAUCGUUUGUGUGAGUAAGCCUCUGAUAUAACCUUGUAUUAGACAGUGAACUAUGAACGCUACAGCAAAAUACUGUUAACUGUGAGAGUGAGUCCAAAUGCAGGACUGAUUCUAUAGCUACAUCUUUCUGUCCAGGAUUCUAGUUCUUAGAAGCAGAAAGUGGAUGUUUGCUGUUAAUGCUGAAGGAAGGGCAUCUUUAUGAUGGGACAUAAAUUUUAGUGAGGGACAAAAAAAAAUGCAGUUAUAUUUUUCAAAUUUAUCUGUGACCUUCAGCAGUCAGGCUAUGAUUUACAUGCUGGAUGAUGUAUUGCUUUUUUUGUUGCCCCCGAUAAGCCUUUCCUGUUCAGGAGAUCUUUGCUGACUCCUUUGUCUUGCCAAAUUAUGGUCUGAUGACAGAGCAACUGGAAAUGGCCCCUCCCACUACAGCUCAGCUGAGAUACGUGCUUCUGCACAAUGCGAUCCCCUUCGUCGGGUUUGGCUUCCUUGACAACGCCAUCAUGAUCGCCGCGGGGACGCAGAUAGAAUUGUCCAUAGGUGUGAUCUUCGGAAUAUCAACUAUGGCAGCGGCUGCCCUGGGGAACCUGGUGUCGGAUCUGGCUGGCCUGGGUCUUGCAGGGUACGUGGAAGCUCUGGCCCAUAGGCUGGGCAUGCAGAUCCCGGACCUCAGCCCCAAGCAGGUGGACAUGUGGCAGACCCGGGUCAGCUCCCACAUGGGGAAAGCCAUCGGAGUCACCAUCGGCUGCCUGCUGGGCAUGUUCCCCCUGUUCUUCCUCGGGGACGACGACGACGACGACGACAAGAAGAAGAAGAAGAAGAAGGACGCGGCACCCAGCGGCAACUGACGCCGCGUCGCCGCGCAGACCUCUUCAGGCGUGAAAAGCCCGGCGCGGACCGGUCCGCCGCAAACUGUUCCACAUUUAUCAUAGCAUAGCUAGCCUCUCUGCGGCACAGGAGACCCGCACACAUUAGAGUAUCUACACUAAAGACGUGACCCGCUGACGAUGCCAUUGUCUGAACAGCAUUAAUAAAGUCUACCUUCUAAUUUUUUUCGGAACCACCAGCUCCUAAAUCUGCUUCUUGGGGCUAAGCCUACGUUAGUGUAGUCUUACAUUUUUACAAGGUAAAGUCAUAAAGCUAUGAGGUUUUCCCCAGUUUUCAGCAGAUAGAGGGGAAGGUGAUUCUCUGCUGGAGUCACAUCACAUUUCAGUGAACUCAUUUCAGCACUCCUUUUGAAGGUGCAUCGCACUGCAUUUACUUUUAGGGUUGUGGGUAUGUUCUGUAGUCCUGGGAGGCAGUUAGCGUGGGGUUUUGAUAGGUUCUCACUGAUUGCAUUGUUAAGCUCCAGGGGGGCUUUGAUAACCUCUCCUGGUGUUGUAUGUAGUUUUGUGUGGAUUUGGGUAGUGUUGCAUAGUCCUUAGAUAACUUAGCAGCUGCAAGUCAGAAUAUUAUAGGAAUAGAUAGGUGGGGUAUAUUUUGGGUCCUUGAAAAAAAUAGUUAACCUGAAAUAAUUUGUAAUACCUAGCUGUUUAAAUGGGAAAAAAACCUGUGGGGAAUUGUGUAUUCAUGACACAUUUGGGAGUGACUUGGCAAGGUUUUGUUUCCAUUUUUAUUUUCUUAACAUCACUGUACAAAAUAUUUAUUUCCCCACAGUGUUAGCCAUUUUUUAUUAGUAAUAUUACUGUAAAGUCCAAACACACAGGUUAGUUUUAGUUUAUACGUGUACGUAUAUAUCCUGAUUGAAAUGUAACCAACAGAUGCAGUCAUUUUUAAAUGUUACUCAAAAGACAAUGAAGUGAGGGUAAAAGAUUCAGGGGUUUUUUGGAACUGAAUUGAAGCCUAAACGCAGGGAAAUGUAGGAAAUAUGAAACUGGAAGGAGUGAAAUUUUUUGACUGUCCUCAGACUGUCACAAGCAUCCCAAAGAGGAUGAUGUUUUAAUACACUGGUUCUUAAGCCUUUUGAUAUCGGGACCCAAAUUAGAAAUACGUUUUAAUGUCUGGACCCAAAUGUGGACCCGUAAAAGUAUGCAUACUAGCGUGCGUGGCCUAGUGCACUACACACUAAUUCCGGGACCCAACUCACACUCCUACUACCCAUUUUGGGUCCCGACCCAGAGUUUAAGAAACCCUGUUUUAAGACAACAUGCAUUUAACUUUAUUUCCUUAGUUUGCUUAUAAAUAUUUUUUAUAUUAUGCAGGAAAAUGUAUUUAUUAAGCAUUUGUGCAGAUAACAUUGUUCUCAGUGUGCAUAUGGAAGGAAAAAGCUGUAUAUUUUGCACAGAAUUCGGUCUUAUCAUAGGAUUUCUCAUUUGGAAUGAGCUCAAAUUACUCUGAAUCCAUUAGUAUUCAAACCACUCAUUAGGUCUUGAUGAGGAUUUCCUGAGUCAGAGAGAUGCAUGCUCUUAAUAUAAUAGUGCUGCUAGUGCAUGACUGUCUUCUGAUUUGGGGCAGAACUAAGAAAAACUUUAUUUGUUCAUUUAGUCCAUCUGCCACUUUAUUCAACAUCGGAUCUAGUCGUUAUAUUGUGUGUGCUUUAAAAAAACAGUGUAAUAGCCUAUCCUUUUCUUUUCAUCUGUCUGCUUAGUCCAGUCUUUGGAGAUCAGCUCUUGGAUUUUAGCCGUACUAGCCCUUGAACAAUGAAACCGCUUGCCGUCAUCCAAGAGCAUGAUUGCAGUACUAAAUUAUGGGAGACCAGUUUGAAGUAAGGGUGUGAACCCACCACUCAUGGGCUCCAGCUAUGAAUAUGUAUGUUCAAUAUUUUGAAGAAGCUCAACAUGUACAUGGCACAAGUUGAGAGCCUGCACAAUUUGAAAAAGUAUGCAGAUGAGACUGGUUAAAAUCACUGGCGAGAAACUGAUUCACAGUGAGAACACGCACCCACAAGUCUCGAGCAUGCAGCCUUGCCUGCAGUGCUGCAAUUUGUUUUGCCUUGUCUAUCAUUGAAAUAUGAACUCGUUACUGAAUCAGAUACGAUUCAAAGAUUUUCAUUCUAUGCAUAGAUUUAAUGUACAUUUAUUAUGACUGAUCUGCAUGAUCCCAUCUACUAACCCAGUGUAAAUGCAAUAAUUCACCAACAUGAUUUCUAAUUGAAAUCAAGGCAUAUUUAUGGUCUCCAUGCCUUAGGUAAAAUAUUUUAGCAGUGGUCAUGUACUGUUGCCAUUAAAAAAAAAUUUUUAAAAAAAAGAUUUAUAGUUUGAACAAUUUUGUGUGGGAUUUUUUUUUACAUUGAUUUGUAUGUAUCGUGUGACAUUUGGACUGGAAUACCUCUCUACUGGUUGCUUGAGUAUGAAACUAUUCAGCACUAUGACUUUAAGACAAGACUAUAAAAGAUUGCCAAGCCCUGUUCCCGUAACACUAGAUUCGAAGCUCAUGGAUUAACAGUGUGCUCAAUCCUACAGUACAGUUCUCCUCUUGGUUGAGUAUUGUGCAUUCCUUAUGUUGCACCAUCUUUCAUGAGAGAGUCAAAGAGCUCAUUUCCAUUGACCACAGUGCAAUGCUCUGCUACACUGAAGUCACCAUGGCACGCGAGAUGCAGUGAAUCUGUAUGCUUUUGGCUGCACUUACCCUACAGUUUGUUUAUGGUGUCUGGUGCAGUCCUCUUUGAAUGGCCUCCGCUCUGCUUGUAUUCUAACUGGAAAGGUUUAUGAUGCAUGGUGCGUAGUGUCUGAGCAGGGUGGGGUCAGCAUGCAUGUGUGAGGCAGGGGAGGAUAGGUUCAGGUAAACACCUUGUGGUCUGUGUUUGUACCUAAGAAUGCACUGUCCUGUUCCGGUUUGGGGAAGGGCUCCUCUGCAUACUCUUUCAUAACCUGAGAAGCAGGACAUGUUGACUGCUGUCUACUAAUGAGCAGUCAGUGAACAAUUCUGCAAACUCUCCCAUCUUUUAAUUGACUCCCAUGCACCAAAUUUUCCAGAGCAUUUCUUCAUGCUUUCUUUCAAAAUCCCCAAUAUACUGAUGCCAUUUUACUUGCAAAGUACCGUCAUGAAUCAAACUCCCAUGCAUGGAGAACAAAUAAUAAACGUAAUUUGGCCAUGACACUACCAGUGAAGAGAAUAUAGAAUCGACCACACUAAGCACUGAUUCUGUCAGUGCCCGAACUUCUGUAAGGGCUUCAAAUGGUGCCAAUAUAUUACAAAUGGGAGAGAAAUAGUCACUCCGACAUAAAGCAAUGGAAUGGCAUAUAUCUUUGCAUCAAAAUCUGCUAUGCUUUUUAAUCUGCAUGCUUUUAAAAAUAUUUUGUUGGUAAAGUGGGAAUGUAUAGUACUGGUCUCCCCAGCACAGUAAUUACAUUUCUGUGAAAUGCAUUUGGAAAUUAUUUAUUACAUUUGAUUUUCCAGCAGAUACAUGUUGCAAAAGAGAAUUAUUUUAAGCCAAAAAAAGUGCAUUGUGGUUCUGUUAAAAUGCCUCAAUUUAUUUUGCUCUUAGUGUAAUUACACUGUCUGAUCCUCAUUAAAACGAUGAAUCAAAA